AUGGUCGCCAUCAGACGAUUUCCAAGGGUUCUCCAGGGCAGAGAGCAGGCUUCUCGGGGCAUUCGACAUAUUCGACGCCUCUCGACGCUUCCUACGCUGUCAACUCCUGAAGUAGAGGAUGUUGUAAUUGGUGCUGGCGUUGUCGGGACCUGUACAGCCUAUAGCCUGGCAAGGCAAGGGCGGCGGGUGAAGGUUCUGGACCGAGGCUCAGGCCCCGCCCAAGGCUCCAGCUGGAUCAAUGGCACCCUUAUCUGCCCGUCCCUGAUGCUGCCAUGGACGGGUCCGCAACUCAUCCCCAAGCUGCUGAAAUCAUUUUUCCACCCACGCCAUCCGCUGAAAGUCCAUCCGAGCGUUCUCUGUUCUCUGGAUACUUAUUAUUUUGCUUUGCACUAUCUGGCAUCCUGCCGGCCUGGCCAUGGUGCAAGGACGACACGACGUUUGGCAAACUUGGCACGCUAUUCUCGGCAUUGUCUAGAGACAUUGUUGCUGAGCCAUCCCGAGCUUAAUGGCUUCAUGGAUCGGAAAGCCGCUGGAACCCUUCAGGUUUUUGAUGACCAGACAGCCAUGCAAGCAUGCUUAGAUGCAUCAGAGGAGAUUCAGCGAGCUGGGGUUCCGCUUCGAAUAGUCAGGGAGGAGAGUGGCAGCGACCUUGCUGACCGACUCCGUCAGACAGGCCAUGAAGCGCUCUACCUGUACUCUCCUCUGGACACAAACGGUGAUUGCGCCAAAUUUACACAUUUUCUUGAGAGGCAAUGCCAAGAGCUUGGUGUUAGGUUUCGAUAUGACUCCGUUGUGCAGGGCUUUCAGGACAAGAAUGGGCUCUGGGAGAUUGCUUUGAGAGGGCAACCGCCUGUCCGAGCAAGGAACGUCAUUCUCUGUGCAGGAACUGGCAGCCCAAGCCUGGCCUCCUUGCUUGGCGUGCGGUUGCCAAUGGCUCCUGUAAAAGGCUAUGCCAUCACGGUCCCACUCAAGUCUGGAAUCCAGCAACUGUCAUCGAAUGUGGUCCAGGAUUCGAGUAAAUUGUACCUUGCCCCUCUGGGGCCUGAUUUGGUUCGCAUCACUGGCUUUGCGGAGUUUGCAGGGUUUGAUGCCUCUGUCGACAUGGACCGUGCCAUGAUUCUGACAGAACAAGCAGAUAAAUUGCUGCCAAACUGUUUGGACCUGAGCAGAGCUGAGUACCACACUGGACUGCGACCUCUCAGUGCCGACGAUGUGCCAAUCAUUGGUAAAGUGCAGUCCAACUUCUUCCUCAAUACUGGCCACGGAUCAAAAGGGUGGACUCAUGCAGCUGGAAGUGGACAACUUGUCGCAGACCUCGUCACUGGACGGCAGCCGGACCUGGAUCCAGAGAGUUACAGUCUGAGCCGCUUCUUCACUUUGCAUCAAAAAGAUACUCCUUUUGAUUUCCAAUUUGGUGGGGCUGAUUUCAUGGCCUAG